AUGGAUUACAGAGACCUAUUCAUCUGGCUCUUGCUGAUAUUUUGCGCCCAAGCAGCGUUUAUCCGACGCCUGCCAUGCAGCCUGGAAGAGGAUGGAUCGACUGAUCCGCUAUUCGAGCCUCUUUCCCUGAGCGGCUCGCUGGACAGCAGGGAUGAUGGCGCUGCCCUGUCCAUCAAGCUUUUGGGCGACUUUAUCGAUGAAAGAUGCGAAGAAUUGGACGGGGCAUCAGCCGUGCUCACACUCGACGCCCGACUAUUGGGCCGUUUGGGCAUAAGUGGAAAGCCGUGGGCUCCAGAGGGGAGAUGCCCUACACUGUCGCCAAAGGAUAAUCCAAGAUAUGACCGACGGACGUAUGCGAUAUACGAAGCCUCGUUUCCGUUAGAACCCUGUAUGAGGGCUCAUAUCACGCCAUAUCUCGGCUCAAUACCUUCCCGUAUACUUAUGGGCGUCCCAUUGACAAUCAUGUUACUCUCAGGCAUCGUCACAGGCGCGCUGAGAAGCUACCAGAGACGACGCCAGAGUACCUUUAGGUACGAGCUCGGAGACGGCAUGCAAGACCCGGCAGAGUCAACCAUGCCUGGACUUGGCCCCUGCAUCCACUACCUCCAGUUCAUUUUCUUAACGGGGUGUCUGACCUUGUCCUAUCCGGGCUUCUUCCGCGCGGUAGUGAGCAGCCUCAGCUGGUCGUCCCUGAUCUUCAGGAACUGGCCCGUCACCCACCAGUUCACCUACCCGGGCGUCGAAGACGGGAUUUACUCGGUGAAUGCGACAUACGGCCUGGAGGAGAUGGCCCAAUACCUUGGCAGUACUGCGACGAGCGAUCUCUGGACCAACUCGAUCGUCAAUCUUGCCCUGCUGAUGGUGGGCGUCGUCGUGACCAUUUUGUCGAUCGGUCUCUAUCGCUGGCUACGGCAGCUCUACGAAUCUCAGCGCAACCCGGAUCAAGCAGUCGACCUGCAGAUCGAGAUGCAGACCCUCCUCCACCGCAUUGGAUGGAGUUUCGCGCGCCUCGUGCUCGACUAUUUCCUCCACCCGCUCAUCGCCCUGUCUCUCUUCCAGACGAACAACGCGCGAUGGUUUCCAGUCACCCACACGUCCACCGCGCUGAUCGCCGUGGCUAUCCUCGCAGGUGUACUCAUAGUCGUCGUCCGCCGUCUCGUCAAGACCGAUCGCCAGGCCGUCUUUUUCCAGCCGACGUCUCUCCCCUGCGGGGUUGGCUCGAACCACUGGGGAUUCUACACACUAUACGGCAUCCCCUUUGUCCGGGGCAUUGCCAUUGGCGGACUGCAGCUGUCAGGACUAGCGGAGUUGGUCAUUCUUCUGGGAUGCGAGGUCUGGAUCCUGACCUGGGGUUCCUGGAACAGGCAGACGGGGUUCACCGGGAGGCACGCGCUCCUGUCGGCUGCUAGACUGGCCGCGCUGGGGAUGAGCUUCGUAUUUCUCGUCGAGGUCGGGGCCUCUGAGCGGACAAAGUCGAUAGUGGCGUACUGUAUACUGUCCCUACAUUUGACCGUCCUUAUCAUUGGAAUAGGUCUGGACUGUAUCUACAAACCUCUCGGGUACCUCUCGUACAGAGUCGGCCUGCUUGAUUCGGCUCCAAAUGAGCAUAGUAGGUCAAAGGCUCCAGUCUUUGGUAUAGCGCAACUCUCGCAUAGGUCAACGAGACGUUUUUCCUUUGCCCAUCUACCGGCUCUCGACCCUGCUCCCGGUGAACAUCCCUCCCCGCCCUAUAGACGACACUCUCCUCGUCCGGGUUCUUCAGGGUCUCAGUUCACAUAUGAGAGCAAGUCCUUCUUCCGGCCACCUCGGUGUAAUGCACCUCUAUCUUCCCAUAACGGGGCUGUCGGGCCUACCCGUUCACCGGAAGGAAGCGACAGGUCCAGCGAAUCGACCAUCGAGUCAAUCGAGUUAGCGCCUCUAGACAAUAUUUAUGAGGUGAUCAACAGCACCGAGUACUAUUCUCAGCGCGAAUCCGAUCAGUUCUACCGCCCGCGCGAGCGAGAUAUCACUCGGCCCAGAAAAGAGCCGUGCUCGGAACCCGAGAUUCCAAGUGCGGGCUGGGGCUUGGGGCCUUCUAAACUGUUGAGAUGGAAGCGGCAGAUGCCUAAGGAGAGGGGUUUUGAGGUGAUCAGGCCGAGGGCUACAACGCCAGCGAUGGCGCCGAGGGCCGAUGCUUGA